AUCCACGCUCCCCUACCCUGAGCUAGAGGGGUUGGUAAGCUGGGGUGGCGAGAGGAGACCCUGCAGCCCGCUGGGCCUGUGCAUCUCCGGCUCUGGUAGCCCUCAGUCCCCUGUCGGCGCCUGACUCCUCCUCCGUCUCUGUUCCGCAGCGUCUCCGCCCUGUCAACAGCUUCGGCUACCGCACCUGCCUCGGGAUAGGGGACAUAGGGAAGGUAAAAAGAAAAACAGGGAGGAUUUGGGGAACCAGGAGCAGCGGGGCAAACCGCCUAGCCGACCACAGGCGGCCCCCGCAGCCCCGAAGCUGCCCGCCCAGCGGCUGCCGCAACGAUGCGCUGUCCGCGGUGCUGACGCCCGCCGCCCGCUCGGUCGGGAGGGGGAGCAAACACCCUCGCUCCCGGUCGCCCGGAGCCCGGUGACUGCCUCUACCCUCUUCCUAAAACGGUGUCAUUUCCCCCCAAAAGACUCCUCUGGGUCCUGGCGCUGUGGCUGGAUCCAGGGCAAAGGAGUGAGAGAAGGGAACGUAAACUUCGGACCGGAACCCAAGAAUCCAGUAUCUGGGAUUCGCGUCGGGAGCCCCCCAGCCCCUGAGACCUCAAAAGCACUAUCAAGUUGAGCAAAGUUUCUCCAGGAUUUCGAAGCUGAAGGGCAGGGAGAGACAGGACGCCGUUCCCAGCGGGGUGGUAACUAGCACCGCAGUCGGACACCUGCUCCGGUGUCCCGCAUUGGUGCCACCAGAACGACCCGGAGGCGUCCCAGAGGCCCAUCUCUCCACCCCUCCCUCCCUUCCUAACUCACCCCUCCCCAACACCCCGCCCCGGGCUCCAGUGACUCCGCCUCUCCUUGCCGGGCGGCUCUCCGGCUGGAGCUGGAAAGGGAGCGCUUCCCCGGACUCCGCUUAGCUCUGAGGCUCCGCAGCCGUCGCCGCCAGCUCAGCCCCGGGGGCGGGAGCAGGACUGCCCGCGCAGCCUGCGCCUAGGAGCCGCCAAACCCGGAAAGCCUCAUGGGACGCCCCCGGGGACUAUCUCCGUGCCCCACGACCGCGUCCCAGUCCUAGGCACCCAGACUCCACCGCCCGCCUCGCGCACAGCCCGCGGCCUGUCUGGAGAGGAGUAUGAGGCCCGGGGCCCCGCGGACGCCGGCCACAGGAGGGCAAGGGCCUAGCUGCGGAGCCCCGCGCCCAAGCGCGGUGGGUAAGGAGCCGCGGGAGCCGGAGAGGCGUCGGGGCGCGGAGAGGAGCGUCCCAGACCGGUCGCCCGCUGGGCCGCGGAACCUGUGCGUGGCCUGAGCGCCCGGGAGGAGGCGGAGGCGCCCGGCCGUCCGGGCUCUAGAAAGGCUGCAAAGGGGCUCCGCGGCGGCCCCCGACCCCUGGCCACCAUCCUCACGCUUCUGUUCCCGCGGGGGGAUGUCGCGGCCCGGGCUCCAAGCGCCGCCCCGGCCCCGGGGCUGAGCUCCGGACCAUGUCCUCCCGCAGUCCCCGGCCCCCUCCCCGCCGCUGUCGCCGCCGCCUGCCGCGCCCCUCCUGCUGCUGCUGCUGCUGCCGCCGUUCGCACCUCAACGAGGACACCGGUCGCUUCGUGCUGCUGGCGGCGCUCAUCGGCCUUUACCUUGUGGCGGGCGCCACAGUCUUCUCCGCGCUGGAGAGCCCCGGCGAGGCGGAGGCGCGGGCGCGCUGGGGCGCCACGCUGCGCAACUUCAGCGCCGCGCACGGCGUGGCCGAACCGGAGCUGCGCGCCUUCCUCCGGCACUACGAGGCCGCGUUGGCCGCUGGUGUCCGAGCCGACGCGCUGCGCCCGCGCUGGGACUUCCCUGGUGCCUUCUACUUCGUGGGCACCGUGGUGUCGACCAUAGGUUUCGGCAUGACCACCCCUGCCACAGUGGGUGGGAAGGCCUUCCUCAUCGCCUAUGGGCUGUUUGGCUGCGCAGGGACCAUCCUUUUCUUCAACCUCUUUCUGGAACGCAUCAUCUCGCUGCUGGCCUUCAUCAUGCGCACGUGCCGGGAGCGCCAGCUGCGCCGCAGCGGCCUGCUGCCCGCCACCUUCCGCCGAGGCUCUGCGCUCUCGGAGGCCGACAGCCUGGCGGGCUGGAAGCCCUCGGUGUACCACGUGCUGCUCAUCCUGGGCCUGUUCGCCGUGCUGCUGUCGUGCUGCGCCUCAGCCAUGUACACCAGCGUGGAGGGAUGGGACUACGUGGACUCGCUCUACUUCUGCUUCGUCACCUUCAGCACCAUCGGCUUCGGGGACCUGGUGAGCAGCCAGCACGCCGCCUACCGGAACCAGGGGCUCUACCGCCUGGGCAACUUCCUCUUCAUUCUCCUCGGCGUGUGCUGCAUCUACUCCCUCUUCAACGUCAUCUCCAUCCUCAUCAAGCAGGUGCUCAACUGGAUGCUGCGCAAGCUGAGCUGCCGCUGCUGUGCGCACUGCUGCCCCGCGACCGGCGCGCCCCUGGCCCGGCGCAACGCCAUCACACCGGGCUCGCGGCUGCGUCGCCGCCUGGCCGCGCUCGGCGCAGACCCCGCGGCCCGCGACAGCGACACCGAAGGCCGCCGCCUGUCGGGCGAGCUCAUCUCCAUGCGCGACCUCACGGCCUCCAACAAAGUGUCGCUGGCGCUGCUGCAGAAGCAGCUGUCGGAGACGGCCAACGGCUACCCGCGCAGCGUUUGCGUCAACACGCGCCAGAACGGCUUCUCGGGCGGCGUGGGCGCGCUGGGCAUCAUGAACAACCGGCUGGCAGAGACCAGUUCCUCCAGGUAGACCACCCGCCUGCCUGCCAACGCCGUGGACCCUCCCCAGGCUGCGGGGCCACCGGGCGUGAUUGGCUUCACUUCUCUCAGAGCUGGCGCUUUCUUAAUCUUUAUCCAAUAAAAUGAAACCAAAAAAAAAUUAUUUUUUAAAAAAGAAAUACUAUUUGGCCAGGCCUGAUGUUAUCAAGGACAGGUUUUGGAGGAGCCUGUGUCCCUUGUGAGUCCCCUCUUGGAGAACCGUGGCCCCCAACAGAUUUUUCUCCAGAGAGAGAAAACAAUGACACCCCAGACCCCCAUUCAGUGCACACUGCAGCAAGGAGAAUGCCAUUCUCGGGGUCUGCUGACUGGCACUAAACCUUUCCCCAUGCACAUAAGCAGCUGGCAACCCCAAAGCAUAUGGUGCAGCUUUUCAUGGCUCUGAAUUACCUCCUCAGCAUUUAGAAUCCUGGCCCAGCCUAGCAGCUUCCUUCUGGUCGUCAGAAGUGAUAUAGUCACAGUUUUGACAGGUGGGGGUGGGGAGAGCCAUAUGUUGCCUCCCCAUGUAUAUAUAUAGAACAGCCACUACACACGGAGAAUGGUGUAGUAUUAUGCAAUGAGAUGAAACAUAGCACCAACUUGCAGACUGUGGCAUUUCCCCCAGAUUUGGAAAUUGCAAAUGGUAAGGGGCUUAGCUGGCCUUUCUCAGCCUGGAGUGAGUCCACUUAGCACAACACACCGGGCAGCUACUUCUAAUGGUGGAAAGCCCAGGGUGGCCCGCAGGAGCCGGGCUCUCAGACUGCAGGAGCCCUGCUCUGCUUCAGCUGGCUCAUCUCUGAGGCACAUGUUAAGUCCCCCAACCCUCCUUUCAUUCACAAGCUUCAUCCACAUAUAGGAAUGCUCUUCUUCAUUAUUAACCAGGAAUAUUUGAUUCUUCUCAGACAAGAUUUUUUGUUAUUGUUGUCAUUUUCUUCUUCUUUUUUUAACUACUGUUGACAGUUUGACAUUUUACCAUUAUUAGAGAGCCUGUUGGUGCAGAGCAUGGCCCCCUAGUAUCCCUCCUCCUCCCAAGUUAGGGCUCUGCCAGCUACUCCCUUGGGGACCCAGGGCCUGUGUCACCAUAAACCCAAAGUAGCCUUCCUGCAAAUGUCAGAGCAUUUGGCUUCAGUGCUCAUAAGGUAUUUGGGGUCAGCAGUAGCAGAGUUCCAUUCUAAAUCCUAUGUGCCCCUCAAAUCAGUUUUUGUUUUUGUUUUCUCAUGCACAGUUUGCAUCAAAGGUGGAGAAAGACAGGAGGAAGGGAGCUGGGGGAACCUAUGGAUUAGAGUAAUUUUUGGAUUAAAAUUAUGGUCUGGAUGAUCCUCAAGCUGAGGGACAGAUUCUCCCAGAAGAGCCCCCUCUAUAUUCAGGCUUCAUUGAAAAGUUGGUGGCUUGAGGCUAUAUACUAUUUCUGUUGGGAAGUCUUAGAAAAGUACCACUUCACCACCAGCUGCAGGGAUGCUAUGACAUCUCCCUCCCUGGCAACUGUGUCUAGAGCACACACAGGAACAGACUCUUACACACUCAUACCUACACCCAAAUAUGCACACCUGCACACUCAUGUACACACAGCAUUAAGAAUCAUGUUGAAUAUCAAACUCCUCUCUCCCCUUCAGGUUUAUGGCAAGAAGGAAAAAAAUUAGCUGAGAUCUCAGGCACUCUCCAGUUACUUUGGGUAAUUCUUAACUUGGGUUGGGGUUGGUUUUUAAACAUAGGACUUCAUCUGAGAUGAAGCCAGUGAGGCAGGGCUGACCAGGAGGGGAGUCAGUCUUGCUAAAUCCUGAGAGGUAAGCUCCUCCAAGAGUUCAGCUUCUGGGAUCCACCAUGAUUGUCAGUCAGGUCAGCCCUGUGAACACCCAUCUGAAUGCUGGCUGUAUUCACACAAAAGGGACUGCAUGCGCUCAGAGAGACACAUGUCUAGUGUGACUUGGAAAUAAAGUGCCAGGUUCAUCUCUUUUAAAGAAGGAACCAUUAAAAGGCAUCCAAUUAGAGAUGUCACCUAGGCAACGGGAAAUAACUUGGAGAUCUGAGCUAUCCAGGGGAGGAAGUAAAGAUCCCCAGGGUAGAGGCAUCUGGACAUAAGAACUCAGUUACAGGCAAAAUAGCAGCCUACCUAGGGCCAUGGAGCCCUGGGCAACAGCACAGAGGGGCAAAGGCCCAGCUACCAAGUUUCCAUCCCACCAACAGGUGCACAGCAAUGAUGGAAUCCUGUCCCCCUGGGAGGGACGGCUCUGCCUCCAGAGAAGAGAAAUACAAAACAUUCCUUGGCAGUUUCCUCUGUCAAUAGUGCUUCCUAGAGUCAAUCCUAAGUUGCUUAUGCUCCAGCCUUAGAUGUUUUCUCUUCCUUCCCUAUGUUUUUGCUUUGGAGGGAGGCAGUUGGGCCCAACUGAGCAAAUUUGUAAAGGAGCCAUAAGCCUCCCAACUUCCCAGAGAAACAUUAAUCCUCCAAGUAUGGUGGUAGCUCAGGAUCCAGGACCACAUGCGCAUUUUCCCCCAAGUCCCCAUCCCUCUACCCCAGUCUCAGUGACACUGGAGGGUAUAGCACAUCAUUGUCCUUCCCCUUAGACCAAAAGGCUUAGGGCUGUUGCCUUCAAAAGCUGGGCCAGAGGACUGGGUGGGACAUUCUACUAACCCACCCCUAAAAGAUGUUUGGUUAAUAUCCUGCUUGAGGGCCUAAAAUGAGAAGCAGGGAUGGGAUGGGGUCUUCACAUAAUUUCAGGAACAAUGACAUUGAUAGGGAUCCCUUUCCUUCAUGCAGUUUCUUUCCAACUUUGGGCUAAGAAGGGUUCGAUUCUGUCAGAUGCCAAGGGCUCUCUAGAUUGACCCACAGCUGGUAGCUCACUUCAACCUGCAACUUGCACAGGCUCUGGGAGCUGUUCCUAACCUCAGGCCCACACUCACCCAUCUCAGGCUGAACUAUGGGGCUCCAUCAAGGCAGCCUGACUCCAAGAAGCCCUUGCCAUUUUAGCUGUGGCCAAGAAGGGUCUUGGUGCUGGGCCCUCUCAGAGACAGGUUAAGAAGCCACUGUGGUGCACCUGCUUGCUAAUGCUGGGUGACAGAUUCCUUCAUUCUGUUGAGUGAAGCCGGAGGCCCAGGCCUGGUGAAGGAGUCCUAAGGCUCAGGGAGUCUCAACCCUCAGCCUGUGGAAAAGGUCAGACAGCCCUGGGACAGGUGUACCUGCACACACAUCAGCCUUACAAAGAGCUAUUAGCCCUUCUCUGCAAGGAAAAAUCAGUCUGGGCUGCUUUAAGAAGAAAGAUGGUUCAUGUUUGAUUCUCUAGAGGUCUGCUAGGACCUGGGAAGCCCCUCUCUGCCUUGGCGGAGCUUUAUGUACCAUGUGCAUGUGUUUGUUUUACACAGAAGCCAGCACCCAAAAUCAAGCCACGUCCUGAGCAGCAGCUGACCCGGGGGCCUCUGUCCCUCAAGCCUUCUAGCAGAGUCCUCUUCCUGCAGGCUCUGGGGUGAGGAGUGGCUGAGCCUUCACGGGAAACGGAGGCAGAAGACAGUCCACAGAGGCCACCGAGGAGCUGUGGGCCAUGCAGUUUCAUCUUACUGUAACCUUUUACACUCUCAAAAAUAAAAAGCACAAUUCUACAUCACCGCCUGGAAAGCACAUCCAGACUGCAGCUGAGGGCACUUCUGCGGGGCUCUGUUUGCUACAGCAGUUGAAUAACCCUGGCCUUGGUGAUUCCUAAAGCUCCUCCUAUGGGGUGGGAGGGACUAAUGAAGCCAUUCCUGACUCCCAGCAGGUUCAGCAGCGGGGGACUUGGAGCCUGGACUCCUGGAGGAGCUCUGUCACCCUCGGGCACCCCAGGGUGUGACAUCACUCUGUGAUAUCUUUCAUGCAACGCAGAGCAAAGCCAGCCUCAUCACGUGCAUUGAGAAGCCAUGAGGGGUCUGGACUCGCCUGGCCCCCUCCCUUUCCUCCCAGAGGAAGCUGCCCCUGCUUUACAACUCAUUUUCUAUGCUACUCGGUCUCUCAGGAGGGGGGUGGAGCAUGCAGGGCUUCUUCAACAACACGUUUCUUUUUCUAAGCGGCACUUCAAGAGAGGACUUGAAGGGUGUUUAAAUUAACGAUGAAUAAAAUGCAGCCUGCCACCCCUG